AUGGCCGCCCCAAAAGCACUUCCGCCCUUCCCCUCCACCCGCCUUGGAGGCGUCUCUCUCCCCUCAACACCUCUAGUAAAAGCAGCAUAUAGCUACAUCCACCUUCACACCUCUCCAGCGAUUUCCAAUCACACUAUUCGCAGUGCCUUCUUCUCGCUCAUUCUACGGGAGAAGCUCACCCAAUUUUCGGCCGUCGACCCGGAAACUGUUGUUGUAGCGACCUUACUUCACGACCUCGGGUGGUCGUUCACAUCAGAGUUGGUAUCUCAAGAAAAGAGGUUUGAGGUUGACGGUGCGAAUGUCGCUCGAGACUUCGUGAGGACGCAUUUUCGAUCCCAAACUCAGAAUUCUGAUAAAGAGAAAUGGGAUGAAGAGCACUUAGACAGACUCUGGUACGCAAUCGCGUUACAUACGACCCCAUCUCUGGCGUUACAUGCACCUGCCCUCACCGCACUAACGGAGCUGGCAAUAUCCGCUGACUUUUCCGGCCCGAAUGUCCAGUUCCAUGGCGCUGGUAAUGCAAGGGUUCAACUUAUCACCCCUGCAGAAUUUAAAGAGAUACUUCAUACCUACCCUCGGCUAGGAUUCAAGGAGAAGCUGAGGGAGAUUAUCUGUGGGCUUUGCAGAAACAAACCGCAGGCGACGUUUGAUGAUUUUGCGGCGGAUUUCGGGAAGAGGUUGGUACCGGGUUAUAUUGAGAAGCUGGAGGACGCUAGUGUGAUGAAAAGGCUGGAAGGUGGAUUGGAUGCGACUGUGCAGUUUGAGUAA